AUGUUCCCCGCCAACACCGUCGAGCCUUCCGAAUACCUUCCAAAUACAGCACCCAUGCCGACCUCGGACCUGAGCCUGUCGACACACACCAACAGACGCACCUCGACGUUUCGCAGACGGCACCCAGCACAUGCGGCCAGCCCACUUAAGCUCCUUCCUGCUGUGCCGCCUUUGACAGCUGGUCUUGUCCUAAGUCAGCAACCAGACUGA